GCUACCUACAUGAUUCCUAAGGCCAUGGCUUCCUUGCUAUUUUUCCUGCCUUUGAUAAGUCUUGUUGAGCUCAUUCCAUGUGUGACUGCACAAUCUGGAGAAGCAUGUCUACCCAUUCCAGACAACUGCACUGCUGGGUUCAAGUGUAGGAAAAUCGUUGUUAAUGGUAUGAAAACCUUUGCUUGCAUUGCAGAUGGCUGCUUCCCAGGUGAUGCUUUGGUACAUCUGUAUGAUGGAGGAUCAAGAGCCAUGAAGGACCUCAAAAUUGGGGACAAGGUUGCAGGGGGACCAGGAAGUGGCUACUCGGAAAUAUAUGCGUUUGGACACAAGGAACUUGACGCUGCUCAUAAGUUUUUGCAAGUCAAAACUGAUGAAAGUGUCCUUGAGCUCACUGCUGGUCAUUUCAUCCCAGUUCAAGUCGAAGAGAAACUGGUCUACAAGAGAGCUGCGGAUCUUAAGGUCGAUGAUCGUCUAUUCACAAGAUUUGGAGUCUCGCAAGUUACAGAGCUUUCCGAGGUCGAAAAGCUGGGAUUAUAUAAUCCCUUGACACUCUCCGGUCACAUUCUUGUCAAUGACAUAGUGGCCUCCGUUCACAGCGAAUGGUUUCUAGAUUCGUUGUUCGACGCUCUCGGUGUAAGCCAGUAUCUUCCAAGUUCUUACCAAUUACUCCUCUCCCCAAUUCGUGCUCUCUACAAGCUCGCUGGACGCGAGCUCUACUCGACUGGAUAUGCCAUGCUCAAUUCUUUCGUGAAUGUGGACGAGAUUAGUAGGAAAUUUGGUGGUACCAUUGUUGUUACCAUGGGACUUCUAGGAACUCUGGCCGUCACUUCAAAGUUAAUCAAAGAGAUGUAACAGAUGGAACUUUAAUCCAAGGUUUGUAUUAACUGUACAAA